AUGGCUCCUUUCAAGCUCAACAGCAAGAAUUUGGCGCAGAUUGCGGCCGCCGGUAAGGCUCAGAUUAAGAUCCCGUCCUACCGGCGCGGUUCCGCCGUUAAGGAGGGUAUCGUUCACAUCGGCGUGGGUGGCUUCCAUCGAGCGCACCUGGCUGUGUACGUCGACCAGUUGAUGCAGAACCAUGGUGUGAACGACUACGCGAUCUGCGGCGUCGGGUUGCAGCCGUUCGACGCGACCAUGCGCGACGCCUUGGGCUCCCAGGACCACCUCUACACGGUCAUCGAGCGCUCGGCCAAGGGCAGCUUCGCCAACGUCGUCGGCAGCAUCAACUCCUUCCUCUUCGCUCCCGACGACCGCGAGGCGGUCAUCGAGAAGAUGGCGCACCCGGAUACCCACAUCGUCUCGCUCACCAUCACCGAGAGCGGCUACUACUACAACGAGAACACGCACCAGCUCCAGGCCGAGCACCCGGACAUCCAGUACGACCUGGACCCGGUCAACGAGAAGGCUCCGCGCACCACCUUCGGCUUCCUCUACGCCGCGCUGGCCCGGCGCCAGCAGGCCGGCCUCCGCCCCUUCACCGUCAUGUCCUGUGACAAUAUGCAGAAGAACGGCGCCAUCACGCGCAACAUGCUCCAGUCCUUCGCGCGCCUGCGCAACCCCGACCUGGCCCAGUGGAUCGCCGAGAAGGCGCACUUCCCCAACGCCAUGGUCGACCGCAUUACCCCCCAGACCACCCCUGCCGACAAGGAGGCCCUUGCCGCCGAGUUCGGUAUCGAGGACGCCUGGCCCGUCGUCACCGAGCCCUUCAUGCAGUGGGUCAUCGAGGACCACUUCUCCGACGGCCGCCCGCCUUUUGAGAAGGCCGGCGCCCAGCUCGUCAAGAAUGUCCAUGCCGUCGAGGAAUUCGAGAAGCACAAGCUCCGCCUCCUCAACGGCAGCCACUCCGCCAUCGGCUACCCAGGCCAGCUCGCCGGCUUCCGCUACGUCCACGAGGUCAUGCAGCACCCGCUGUUCAGCAAGUUCGUCUGGCAGAUGAUGCAAGAGGAGGUCAAGCCUCUCCUCCCGCACAUCCCGGGUGUCGACAUCGACCAAUACUGCCGCACCCUCGUCGAGCGCUUCUCCAACCCAACCAUCAUGGACCAGCUCCCCCGCGUCUGCCUCAACGCCUCCGGCAAGAUCCCCCAGUUCAUCAUGCCCUCCAUCGCCGAAGCCAUCUGGGGCACCGGCCCCUUCCGCCGCCUGUGCUUCGUCGCCGCCGCCUGGUUCCGCUACCUCAACGGCGUCGACGACAGCGGCAAACCCUUUGACGUCAUCGAUCCGAUGCGCGACGAGCUCCAGGCGAAGGCCUGCGCGGGCGGCACGAACCCCUGGGAAUUGCUCACCACCCGCAACCUCUUCGGUGAUGACUUGCGGACUGAUGAGCGCUUCCUCAAGGAGGUGACGACCGCGAUGGAGGACAUCGCCCGCGACGGCAUCCUCAAGACGCUGCCGAAAUAUGUAGAUUAA